CUUGUCUUUAACUCUUCUCCUUGGUGAUCCGGGUGUGGCCCUGCCCCAUGUCUCCCUUCCAGGGGUGCUGCCUGCCGGGGUUGCAGUGCCCCGAGCCCUUUGCUGUGACCUGCAAUGAGACCUGUGUGAUCCAAUACCCCGACACCGUGGUGGACAUCGUGGAGCCCCACCAGCCCCCCUACUCCCUGAUCUACCCCGGGCCCAGGCUCACCACCUUCCCCCAGCACACCAUCGUGGGAUCCACCCUCCUGGACGUCAGGAGCUUCCUUGGAGCCGGGGGAGCCCUUGGGUUUAGGGAACUUGCAGGCCAACCCAAACCCACCACGGAUAUCUGUGGAUAGACUGAAAAGCAGGACUGAGCACUAAAGAGCCCGACUAAGUUUAUGGAUAAUGGAUUAGAGAAGUGCUGAGCUCCCGAGGUUCCCAGUGGAGUCAAUAAAUCCAUGGCUUCCUGGCACUAGACCUGCCCGAGGACUAGAAUUUCCAAACUCCAAGAAACUGAAAUUUCACCACUGACCUGGUUCAAAAUUAGGAUG